CAUACAGCUUUUUACCCUCUUGAAUUCUGAAUUGAAACACUUACAUUACGCAGCCAGAAAUUUUGCUAAGCUGAAGAAAAAAUGGGUGGUGCCCAGAACAGAAAAAAUGCCUUUCAUUGCAAAACAGUGAGCAGAGACUCCUCUGCAGUGGUUCAGUCGAAUGUCGCCAUUGUUCCGGUCUUUCAGGAAGAGCCAUUAGCAGUCCAAGCCCCGCCGAUUGUGUCAUCGUAUAAUGAUCGAAUUCGGCCCUUACUCGAUUGUGUGGACAGGCUGAGGAACCUGAAUAUAAUGCAAGAAGGAAUUCAGCUCCCAACCAUUGUUGUUGUGGGUGAUCAGUCCUCAGGGAAAUCCAGCGUCCUGGAAUCUCUUGCCGGGAUCAGUCUUCCCAGAGGCCAGGAUAAGUCUCCAGAAGGCCUACUGGAGAAAGUUACUGCUGACGAUGUCAACAUCGGUCUUGGUUAUGUUUGCGUGAGGAAUCGAAUUGGGAAUGAAUCCUAUGAGGAAGCAAGGGCAGAGGAAGUUGCCCUGUUUGAAAAUCAUCAUUUGCUGUCGAAGAUUAGCAAGAACAUGGUCGGAAUACCCGUCUUAGCGCAGAAAUUGGUGCAUAUUCAGGCCAGCAUUAUUUCGAAAUGCUUGCCUGAUAUCGUGAGGAAGAUCAGUGACAAGCUUGCAGCGAACAUGGCGGAUCUCAACAGACUACCUGCGAAUUUAACCAAUGUCGGUCAGGCCAUGGCUGCGUUCAUGAGGAUUAUGUCUUCCUCGAAAGAAUCUUUGAGGAAACUUUUUCUCCGGGGUGAGUUUGAGGAGUAUCCGGAUGAAAAGCAUAUGCACUCCACAGCACGACUUGCGGAGAUGUUCAGCAAGUAUUCUGAUGAGCUGCAGAUUAAAUGCCAAGAGAAAGAGCUGAGAAAGAAUUUCUUGAAAGAAGAAAUCAUGAUACUGGAGGAGACAAAAGGUAUUGGAUUGCCUAAUUUUCUUCCUAGAACUGCUUUUCUUUCUUCUCUGCAGAUGAAGGUUAAUGGAAUAUGUUCAACACCAUUGCAAUUCGUAAGUGACAUCUGGGACUACGUUGAAUCCGUUUUAGUUCCUGUUAUAAUGAAGAACUGUGAUAGCUACCCUCAGCUGCAAUCUUCUAUAAGGAGGGCUUCUCAUGAUCUUAUUUCCAAAAAGCGGGAACAAUCUGUCGAUUGGGUUCUGGAGAUCAUUGAAAUGGAGAAGAUGACGGACUACACUUGUAAUCCUGAGUAUGUUACAACUUGGAACAAUCUUAUGACGAAACAGGAAGCUUUCAUGGAGGUCAUGAAUGAUCAUACAAAGCCUACAGUUAUCACGAUCGAUGGAUUUGGCGUGGUUGAAGUGGGAGAAUUGCGCGAUCAUGCUGCCUCGGUUGUGCAACAAGCGUUCGAUCUGAAAAUGAGGAUGACCGCGUAUUGGAAGCUUGUCUUGCGAAGGCUGGUUGACGCAAUGGCGUUGCAUCUGCUCUAUAGUAUCCAAAAUCUGGUGAACAAAGAUAUGGAAACUGAGAUCAUUGAUGAGUUCGUGGGACCGAAUGGUGGUGGAUUGGAAAGGAUGCUAGAGGAAUCUCCUGUGGUUGCUGAAAAGCGCUACAGGCUGACAAGAAGCAUCAAACUGCUGAAGGAAUCAAAGGACGUCGUUGCGAAGAUAAUGGACAGAGCUGCAGAAGCUCAAGUUGACGGUUUACUAAGGCCAUCUAUCAGGAUGGAAGAACCAGAAGAGGAUUGGGUUGUGGAACAGUACUACUAUCCAUGUUCUUCUGGGGAGGAAGAUGAAUGUAAGAGUAAGGUUAGUUGGAUAUGGAACAGAGGGAUUAAUUUAGGGAAAAAGGUGAUGAUCACUGGUGUUGCAAUUUCUUCUGCACCAAUUGUUCUUCCACCGCUUGUUUUUGUUUCCGCUCUUGGUUUCGCUGCUUCUGUUCCGUUUGGUGUCUUGCUUGCUAGUUAUACAUGUACUGAGAAGCUUAUGAAUAAGUUGUUACCAAUGCCGGUUCCAUCUCAAUCUUGGGAGUCUGAAAGCUUCCUCAUGGACGAAUCAGAUCAGUUUGGGGGUGGGUUUGGGAUGGAGGAUGAGGUUCAUAAGCAAAUGGCCGACUUGAGGGAAGAUAUUGAAAUGAGGAUCGAGUUAGUGGAGGAAGGAGAGAUAGUUUAUGAAGAUGAAAGGUUGAAAGACAAGGGUUAUGAAGAAGAUGUUGGGGAAUACUUGGAAGGAGGGGACGAGGUUUCUUUUAGCAGUAUGGAAGCCAAACCUGAAGGUGGUUUUGUGGAAGAAAUUGACAAGAAACCACUGAUUGAGGAAAGCAAGAAUGAUGAGAAGCCAUCUCCGGAGGUCAAAAGAGUCAUAGUCAUAGCCGGUGAAGACAAGAAAAUGAAUGAUGAUGUGAUGAAGCCAGAUGAGUUGGUUGUUGUAUCAAGGGUGGUGAAAAUUGACGAACAACCUGCAGAAAUAUCGACUCCAGAGUCUCAAAGCCGAAAGGAAGAAACUACAGCUGUGGUGGAAAAAAAGAAGGAUGAGGUCGAGAAUACUGAUGAAUCUGGGAAGAAGAACAAGAAAAAGAACAAGCAUCACUCCAAGAAACUGCAUAAACUUUUGGGUAAGAAGGAAGAUAAAAAUGAAGAAAAUGUUGAAGCAAAAAAGGGUGAUGAACCAGUAACAAAAAGUGUAGUCCCUAAUGAUACAAGAAGUGGCCCUGCAUCUCCGAAGCCUGCUGGGGCACAAGGUUCAGCAACCAAUGGCCAGCAUCAUGAACAAGAUAGGAAGACUGCAGGAGCAGAACUGAAAUCUAGUGGACUGAAAGUGACUGCUGCUGAUGAAAAGAAGGGCAGAACGACUUCUAAUCCAGAGAAGAAAGGAACUGAUGCAGCAGGAGUAGUUCACAAGCCCAAGCAACCUUCGACUGUUCCUGAGAUGGUUGCUGCUAAAUCUCCUAAAAAGAUGAUCCUCAGUGAGGAGAAGAUAUGGGAUCAGAUAAAUGCAUUGCGAGUGAUAGUAGGAUACACCACAUCCCGUCACAAAUCAUGCAUUGAAGAACUGAAGGCGUUGUACAUCUUCACCGGAGUCGAACCCCCAUCGUCAUUUGACAAGGCUACCAACCUCGAAGAAACCGCUGAUAAACUUCAGUUUCUAAUGUCUGUUGUAGGAGUCAAGUAG